UAUCACCCGAACGACAACAGAGAAGGGGCGCUCUCAAGCGUUACGCGUUGCCUUAUCUCAGGUCAGAUCUCUUUCUCUUCGCCCUUCACUGGUUUACCGGCGGUUGCAUCCCUUUCAAGAAAGCAAACAAGAAUCGUUGCAACUGUUCCUCUCCGACUCAUAUAAAUGAAUAAUCUGGCAAAACGCUGUAACUCGGUUUCAGUUCCAGAAAAUUUCAGCGAUUGCAUCCCUGCUUGUACAAACUGCAAGUGUGGUAAGAUGGAUGCUGGGAAGCAGAGCAGCAGUACAAUUUGGACUCGGGAGGCGGUCAGGGAAUAUGAAGUGGCCUUGGUUUCAUAUAUUGAGGGCCAUCGCAUUCACGUUCCUUGGGAAAAAGUUGCAGCAUAUCUGCCUGGAAGAACCGUGGCCGAAGUCAAAGAGCACUAUGACGAACUAGUGGAAGGCAUCUGCAGGACUCAUCCUUAUGCACUGUCUCUUCCCUACUGUCAUCUACCUGAGGAUUCUGCUGCUGGUUGUAGUGAUGGCAACAUGGGAAGUGUGGUUGAACCAACGAGAGACCAAGGAGAGAUCACGAGCACCGCAGAGAGCAACCCUGGACAGGGGAACGACACAGGUGGCGAUUCUGUGAUCACAGACGAGCAUCAUCCGUCAGAAGACGAUGAACAGGGACAGGAGGCGGGGUCGAAGGCUCCAUGACAUUACCAUCGUCGGCCACGACGAUGAUGUGCACAUGUAUGCGUCUCAAGUGCCAAUCACUGGUCGAGUCAUUAGAGCUCGCAUGCCCUCUGCAGAUCCUGUCACUCAACCUUCUUUUCUUUUUCCUCCCCAGGCUUAGGGGGCUUAAGACUUGACUACUACUGGCAUUGAGUUGUGUGUGUCAGAUUUUGGUAGUCCAAGAUUUCGAGAUUUGGUAGCAUGAUCGUUCUGAAUAAAGGAGUAGGCAUAGGAAUAGGUUUGUAGAAGAUGAGAUUGGUGAAGACGUGAAGAGAAAAAAGCUUUGCAAAUUACACUGUCAUUUUUGCAUUCAUCAAAUGGAAGAAAUGAAAGAUAUU